AUGCCAUCUCACUCUCCUUAUUCUCCUUCUGAGACUUAUCGCAUUGCCAACAGCUACAAAACUCGAGUUAUGAAGUUGGACACUAGAAGGGUUCUUUUGGAAACUCAAGCGGCAGUUCUUGACUUACAAAUAACCGAACAACAAGCACUGUGUGCUGUUCUUAAAAACGUUGAUCAGGAAAGAUAUGUCAUAUUCGUCCGCUCAUUGAAAUAUUUGAGAGAAAUGGAGAAAGGAGUCAAGGAGGAACUCAAAAAUUUGAGACUUCAACUCGGUCAUCAGUGUGAAAUUCUUAAAAGAAGAAUCUCUAUGGUUAAAGAAAAGAAAGGAGUCUUCCCACUUUCAAACAUCUUCAAUAGAGCUGAAUUCAAUAAGGAAAAAUGA